AGGGAGAGCAAUAAAAGGAAUAAGCACAGCAAGCUGUAAGACUUCUACCCAAGAGGAGAAGCCCCUUGGAGAGCCAGUGGAAUAGUCAUGCCUGAACCCACAAAAGCAGAGCAGGCUGCACCUGCAACAGAUGGAGAUGCAGCUCCUGCAGAUGAAACACAGCCUGAAGGAGACGAUGAGGUUGCAGGACUUGCGGGCCUGUUUCUUGAAUACCCCAAGAACACGGUUGCUACUGCAGGAACGGACAUUACGUUUAUCGCCAAAGUUGACUCAUCUACACUAACAAGGAAACCCACCAUUAAAUGGCUGAAGGGGAAAUGGAUGGACCUAGGCAGCAAGGCGGGAAAACACAUGCAGUUCAAAGAGACAUAUGACAGAAACACAAAGAUCUACACCUGGGAGAUGAAGGUAAUCAAGGUGGUCCCUGGUGAUGCUGGAGGCUAUAGGUGUGAGGUGAUCUCCAAAGACAAGUGCGACAGCUGUGCUUUUGAAAUAUCUGUGGAGGCUGUGCAAACGGAGGAUAAAGAUGUUAUGGCUGCAUUUAGAAGAACGGAUGCUGGUGAGGAUGACGGUGACCUGGAUUUCAGUGCAUUGCUGAAAGCUACCAAGAAAAAGAAGAAGCCAGUUGAAGAGGAGCCGCAGGUCGAUGUGUGGGAAAUCUUGAAAAAUGCUAAACCCAGCGAGUAUGAGAAGAUUGCUUUUGAGUACGGCAUCACGGACCUGAGGGGUCUGCUCAAGCGUCUGAAGAAAAUGAAGACUGUUGAGCCCAAGCACAGCGAUGCUUUCCUAAAGAGAAUGGAAGCAGCCUACACUGUGGAUAAGGGGAAGAAAAUUGUACUGUCAGUUGAAGUGGUUGACCCAAAUGUCCAGGUCAGAUGGUUGAAGAAUGGUCAGGAAAUAAAAACAUCAGCCAAGUACAUCAUGGAACAAAAUGGCAACAUCAGGACGCUUACCAUCAACAAGUGUACCCUGGCAGAUGACGCUGCUUAUGAGUGUGUUAUUGAUACAGAGAAGUGCUUCACCGAGGUCUUUGUCAAAGAGCCCCCAGUGACCAUUACCAAGCUGCUGGAUGAUUACCAUGUGGUGGUUGGAGAAAGGGUGGAGUUUGAGGUGGAGGUGUCUGUCGAGGGAGCCCAUGUUAACUGGAUGUUUGAGGACAAAGAGCUCUCCAGGGACUCCUCAAAGUACCGCAUCAAGAAGGACGGAUUGAAGCACAUGCUCAUCAUCCAAGAGGCUUCACUGGAGGACAUUGGAAUGUACUGGUGCAUCACCAACGGCGGUCGAACCAAAGGGGAGCUAGAAGUUGAAGAAAAGGAACUAGAGGUUUUGCAGAGUAUCGCUGACCUCACGGUGAAGGCGGAGGAUAUGGCCGUGUUCAAGUGUGAGGUGUCUGAUGACAAAGUGACAGGAAAGUGGUUUAAAGAUGGUGUGGAGGUGAAGGGCAGCGAUCGCAUCAAAAUGACCCAUGCUGGAAGAAUCCAUCGGCUGACCAUAGAUAACGUCAAGCCCGAAGAUGCUGGAGACUACACAUUUGUCCCAGAUGGAUAUGCUCUCUCGCUGUCUGCCAAACUCAACUUCCUGGAAAUCAAGAUUGACUAUGUCCCCCGUCAAGACCCACCCAAGAUCCACCUGGACACCACCGGAAACAUGGUUUCCCAGAACACUAUCAUUGUUGUGGCUGGUAACAAGCUGCGUCUGGACGUUGAGAUUUCCGGGGAGCCAGCUCCCACUGUCGUCUGGAAAAAGGGAGAUACGCCAAUCACCGCCGUGGAGGGGCGUGUGAGGACGGAAGCCAGGAAGGACCUGAGCUGUUUUGUCAUAGAGGGGGCGGAGAGAGAGGAUGAGGGCAACUACACAAUCACUGUCACUAAUCCCGCUGGGGAGGACAAGGCUAAUCUGUUUGUCAAGAUUGUUGAUGUGCCUGACUGCCCAGUGAAUGUCAAGUGUACCUCAGUUGGGGAAGAUUGUGCCACCAUCGUCUGGGAGCCUCCUAAGUUUGAUGGCGGGGCACCAAUCAAAGGCUAUCUCAUGGAGAGGAAGAAGAAGGGCUCACAUAGGUGGACAAAGCUUAACUUCGACGUGUAUGAGGGGACGACGUACGAAGCCAAGAGGAUGAUUGAGGGUGUGCUCUAUGAGAUGAAAGUGUUUGCCGUCAAUGGCAUUGGCAUCUCCCAGCCCAGCCUCAACUCCAAACCCUUCAUGCCCAUCGCUCCAACCAGUGAGCCUAUAGCCCUCAAGGUACAUGACGUCACUGAUACCACCUGUGUCCUGAAAUGGCUGGCCCCAGAGAAGGUUGGUGCCGGAGGCCUGGACGGAUACAUUAUUGAGUACUGCAAGGAGGGAGGUACGGAGUGGGUGGCGGCUAACGAAGAGGCAGUGGACAGACAGUCCUACACAGUCCGCAACCUCCCCUGCGGGGAGAAGAUCCAAUUCAGAGUGGUGGCGGUGAACAUCGCCGGACGCAGCCCCCCGGCCGUCUUGUCCCAGGCUGUCACCAUCCGCGAGAUCAUGGAACUUCCCAAGAUCCGUCUCCCUCGUUACUUGAGACAGAAGUACAUUAGAAGAGUGGGCGAAAAAAUUAACCUGACCAUCCCUUUCCAGGGUAAGCCACGCCCCAAUGUGCAAUGGCUCAAGGAUGGAAAAGAGCUUGCCGAUCCAACAGUCAGCAUUCGCAAUUCCAACGUGGAUUCUAUCCUGUUCAUCCGCUCGGCUGAGAGAUCCCAUUCUGGGAAAUACGAGCUAGUCCUGCAUAUUGAGAACAUGGAGGCAAGGGCAACUCUGGAAAUGAGGAUUGUGGAGACACCUGGGCCUCCCGUGGAUGUGAAGGUCACAGACAUUUGGGGAUUCAAUGCUGCUCUGGAGUGGAAACCACCCAAGGAUGACGGCAACACAGAGAUCACCGGUUACACAAUACAAAAGGCUGACAAAAAGACCAAAGAGUGGUUCACCAUCUAUGAGCACAACAGGAGGCCAAACUGCACAGCCUCAGACCUGAUCAUGGGUAACGAGUACAUGUUCCGUGUGUACAGCGAGAACCUCGUUGGAAAGAGCGAGGAACCUGGCAUCAGCAAGAACACAGCCGUCAUACCUAAGACAGGAUUGCAGUACAACCCACCUCCAUUCAAGGAGAAAGACAUGCAAGUGCCCCCCUAAAUUUACACAGCCCUGAUUGACAGGUCUGUGGUGGCAGGCUACAGUACUGCCAUCAGUUGUGCUGUCCAGCGGCUUCCCCCGGCCUAAGAUCCAGUGGUUCAGGAACAAGCUUCCCCUGGAUGAGAACCCCAGCUUCCUGAUGCAGAACAAUCAGGGCGUGUUGACCCUGAACAUCCGCAAGCCCAGCCAGUACGACGGCGGCAAGUUCACCUGCAAGGCUGUCAACCCCCUGGGUCAGGACGUUGCCGAGUGCACUGUGUUCAUACGAGUUGUCAAAGACGAUAAGGACGAGUAAGGAAGUCAUCGUUGAGAUACGAAGAAAGACAAUUAUCAAUUACUAACAUGAACCAAUUAACAUGGUUUCAGCAGGUCUUGUGGACAUGUAUUUAAAUAACAAAAUACAAUUGAAAUUUUGA